AUGGGGCUCGGACUGGACCUGUCGGGCCUGGGCCAGGAGCCCAUGGCGCCCGCUGUGGACGUGGCGCAGCUCGCGGAGGCCAUCCGCCUCAUCCUGAAGGACGCGGACCUGGAGCAGCUCUCGCGCCGCAUGAUCCGCAAGCAGCUGGAGGCCCAGUUCCACGCCGACCUGUCGAGCUACAAGGACGUGAUCAACGCCACGAUCCUCGAGAUCAUCGAGCAGCAGCAGGCCGACGAGGAGGACGACGAGCAGGAGGAGGAGGAGCCCGACCCGAGUGACGACGACGCCGACGACGAGCAGGAGCACGUGCGCUCGCCCCGCAAGAAGGCGGCACCCAAGAAGAAGGCGGCGGCACCCAAGAAGCGCAAGCGGAAGGCCGACGGAGAGGACGGCGGCGCCAAGAAGGCCGGCGGAGGCUUCAAUGCGCAGCUGUGCCUGUCGCCAGAGCUCGCGCAGGUCGUCGGAGCCGAGACCAUGGCCCGGCCGCAGGUCGUCAAGGCGCUCUGGGCCUACAUCCGCGAGCACAACCUGCAGGACCCCAAGAACAAGAAGCUCAUCCUCCUGGACGACACGCUGCGCGGUGUGUUCCAGCGGGACUCGUUCACCAUGUUCAGCAUGAACAAGUUCGUCAAGCGCCACGUGCGCAAGCCUGACGAUAUGCCGCCUGGGGGCUGGAGUCAGAUCCCGCGCGACGGCGUGUCCAGUGACGAGGACACGGAGGCCAAGCCUGCGAAGAAGAAGCAACCGGCCAAGAGGAAGAAGAAGGCCGCGUCGACCGAGGACGGAGACGACGACGGCAAGAAGAAGGCCAACCCGUUCUACACGGAGCUCGCGGUGUCGCCCGAGCUGGCCUCGCUGCUCGGUAGGGACCGGAUGGCGCGGCCCGAGAUCGUCAAGGCGCUCUGGGCCUACAUCCACGAACACAACCUGCAGGACCCGCAGGACAAGCGCACGAUCCUGCUGGACGAUAGGAUGCGACAGGUAUUUCAACGCGACUCGUUCACGAUGUUUUCCAUGAACAAGUACAUCAAGCGCCACGCGCGCAAGGUCGCCGACUUGCCGGCCAACGGCUGGGCCGACAUCCCGCGCGACGGAGUCUCAAGCGACGAGGACGAGGCCAAGGCCAAGAAGAAGGCGCGGAAAGCCAAGUGA